AUAGAGUCAUUUCCAACUGUUGUUGUUGCUCCUUUCAACACAACUUUUUAUUCAUUUUCCAACACUGUUGGCGAGAAGAUCCUUUGCUCAUUUGUAGCAUAUAUAAUUUGAGUACUAUGUAAGUGUCAAAGCGUGUAACCAUGAAUGGUAAUGGUAUAAGACAAUAAUUAAAUUUCAGCUAAAUGUGCUUUGAAACACUAUAUAAAUAUGUCAAACUUUUUUAUUCAUGGUUUUCCCAUAGCUCAGUCUGAAGCUGGGUGAUGUACCGAGGACAAGGGAACAACACAUUCAUCAGAGAAGAAAUAUUCAAUUAUCUCUUCGGUGGGGAAACGACAAAAUUGCUCGGCCAAAAGAGGAAACUUUGUGUCCAUUCGGCUUGAGAAGUAUCGUUUCGAAUUCGAUUCAGCGCAUUCUUUCUCAGCCAUUCAUUCUUACUAUAAAUGGUAUCCACUUCAAUCCUUUCCUGAAUGUAAUAAUAUUAUUUGCAUCAACAUGCAGAGCAACAAGUUAGUGUGUUUCAUCCUAUUGGUAGUGGUUGCAGCAACUGUAACCUAUGCUUCUCCCCUGUCACACACUUCUCGCUCUUCAUCCAAUGAUACUAUUGCUGCAGAACUUGAAAAAAUGAAAAACUUCACUACUCUUUUGACCUUGGCCAAUAUCGCCAACCUAACCAGCACUCUGGAAGAUCCUUCCCUUGCAGUCACCUUGUUUGCUCCUACAAAUGCUGGUAUUUCUUCCACUCUUAAAGCAGUGAAUAUUUCUGAAUCGGCUGUGGUGAAAAACAGCACCCUAGUGAAAAUGAUACUUGAGUACCACAUCGUACCCCAGCCUCUGAAGACUUCCAACUUCUCAGCCUUGAACUCAUUUAAGACACUAGAAGGAUCCAAUGUUACGGUGACUAAGAACAGCACUGGAGUCUUCGUCAACGGAUUUGAAAUCAUUAAGAAGAAUAUCAAGGCUGACAAGUCUAUUAUUCAAGUGAUCGAUGGUCUUUUGAUUCCACCCGGCAUCGUAGUUUAGAUAUUUUGUACGUUUCUGAAAAUGGCAUUGAUAAAAUAUAUUUUGUUUUUCUUUUCAAACUUCAAGUAUCCCAUUUUCC